AUGGGUACACACUAUCCACAUAAGCGACGAAGUGCAAGCCCGGCUUGUGAACUUGAGAAAGGAAUUUUCAAGUUGUCUUUAGAUAUGGGCCCAAGGGAAGAGAAAGCUUGGAGAUUUUCCAGUCAGUCUGUACCUAAGAUUGUGGACAAAAAGCUUUAUAUCGCCCGAUUUUUUGCAAUAGUUGGGCCGUUGGUGCGAUGGGAACAUGUUGCAAGGUUGAUUGAGUGUAUACAACCCUUGAUAUGCAAACACUUGAUGUGUUCCGCGUCGCCACGACGAUUGUGUCGCCAUUCCGGCCGCACAUCAAAAGCACCUGUGGAUCGCCGUCUAUUUAUUAAAUCAUUUAUUGGGGGAUGGAAGCGCCUUUGGGAUGGCCUCGAGCCUGACGAAUUUGACCCGGAAGAAGGAUCAUGCUUAUUGUGCGCUACCGAUUACGAUAUGUCGCUCAAGCGAGAUAAUGCGAAGAAGGAGUGGACCUUUACCCUUAACACGUAUCACUGUCUUGGGUCGUACCGGACACCAGACGACGAAUUAUGGGCUUAUUUUACCAGUACAUUCCCUCAUACCAGCUUCGGCUUCGAUUACAGCCAGCCUCUGGAGGCAAGGGCCAACGCCCAGCUGGAAGAACUGAAAUCUCGCCAUCUAAAGCUAGAUCGUGGAGGAGCCCGGCGAACAUGGCAAGAGGCAACAUGA